GGUUGUGAACACCCCAUAGCUCGGAUUGGACAGACGAACGUCGAGGCGUAAUUACGUCAAAGCUGACUCCGUGAAGCACCCCGGAAGCCGCGGUGCCUGAAACUGUAAAGAUGGCGCUCUUUCGUUGCAGACGGGACCCGUGUGGGUUUAUUUGUAUGAUAUUGACAUACUGCAGUGUUUUAUACGCCGACUACGUUGUCAUUCAAUACGUGCUGCUCACAGCCUAUUCAAACAGUGUCUGGUGUUCUCUUCAUGGACUUGUGUUUAAUCUUAUCCUGUUCUUGCUGCUGGCUUGCCACUCCAAAGCUGUCUUUUCAGAUCCAGGACUUGUUCCUCUGCCAGGAGCUGCUAUUGACUUCUCUGAUCUGAGAUCUCAGCCUACUCGAAAAAAUGAAAGAGGAUCAUGUGAAGGAUGGACCCUCUGUAACAGAUGUGAAACAUAUAGACCACCCAGAGCACACCACUGCAGAAUCUGCCAGCGAUGCAUCAGGAGGAUGGAUCAUCACUGCCCAUGGAUAAAUAAUUGUGUUGGAGAACUUAAUCAGAAGUAUUUCAUACAGUUCCUUUUUUACACAGGGCUGGCAAGCUUGUAUUCAAUUGCUCUGGUGAUCUCCACAUGGAUAUGGAGGAUACGCAGUGAAAGAGAGGGAGAAGCAGUUAGAGGUGGCGAGGAAAUGAGCCCAAGCAAACAUGUUGUAAUUGCUCACUAUAUCAUCCUUCUUGUGGAGUCUGUACUGUUUGGAGUGUUUGUCAUGGUUAUCUUUUAUGACCAGUUGGUGUCAAUAAUCACAGAUGAGACCCCAAUUGAGCAAAUAAGAAAUCGUCUGAUGAGGGACAAGACAGUCAACCCACACUUUACUCGCAAACCAAAGCUUGCAUUACUGAGGGAAGUGUUUGGAAGAGGUUCCAUUUUUUGCUGGUUCUUUCCAGUUCACCCAGGACCACCUUCAAGUGGCGGAAUAAGCUACUCUGCACUUCCUGAUUAUGAUGUAUGACUUAUUUGAAUUACUACUUCCCUGCUGUGACAUCAUUUCCUGUUUUCAAAGGAGUUUGCACUGCAGAUAUUUUUCUGUUUCCUUGUCUGAACUGGAUUAAUAUCACUUCUAGUGAGGCUCAGGUAAAAAGAUAAAGGCACUUUUAUUUUGACAGAGGAGGCAUUGCUUGUUUUAUCAUAAUAUACUUGGGGUUAUAUCAUGUCCUGACAAAAUUACCAAUUAACUUCCUUUUUUGUGGAAGAUUCUGACUUUUCUCCUUUCUUAUCCUACAAUAUAUUUUAGCAACAUAAUUUGCUGCUGUUACAGUGAUAUGUUACAGUAAUAUUGUCUUAAAAUAUAACACUUCUGAGAAGCUUAAUGUUUUCUAUGACUGGCUAAUGCAAAAUCAUUUCAGAUUUUGCAGAAUUUUUUAUGAAAGACAAGAAAGAUUGUGUUGUUACAGAAGUCUGAGAUAUCUAUUUUUUUGCCUGAAGACACUGUUUUUGAAAAAUGUUGCAGUAACAUCAUGUAAGCUGGCAGUAUCCUUUUAUUUGCUUUUUGCUACACUGAUGCUACUUCUUUUUCUGUACGUUUAUUUUGAAAACACUAAUUCUUUUCUAAUCGCAGAAAAUGAUUUACAACUCUUUUCUGCCUGAUGGAAAGAGAGGCUGUUGUUACUAGUCCUCUUCUGAAAGAAUCAAUGUUGUAUUGUUUUAGGAAAGACAAAGCAAGAUUUAUGUCACUUCUACUGUUAUUGUAAAUAACAUUCAUUAUUGUUUUAAAUAUUAACCUGUGUACCCUGCAGGGUUCUUAUAGUUGCACUUUCUGUUUAACCUAUAAAAUAUUUGAGGAUGGAAAAAUUGCCCUGGGACUAACUUGCAAAGUUUUUGCUUAAAAUGCAUAGAACUGUUUCUCGAAAAAUCCUCCACUUACCACUAAAUAUUUGUUUUCCAUAUCUCAUACACACAUUCUUCAGCAAUCUGGUAUACCUUAAAGUAGCUUUGUUCUCAGCUAACAGUUUUAUGCCUUGGAGUCAUACCAUCUGAUGUAGGUUUGAUCCCUCUUAUUUGUUCAUUUGUUGUUUGGACCAGUUCAAUUUGACCAUCUUUAUGCUCACAAACAACACUAAUUCUGUGACAUUAUGUUAGUAAAAUAAUAUCUCAAUUAUAAUAUUUCUUUAUCUUCAUACAUUUUCAAUGCAUAUAUUAACAUAUUUAAAAGUAUAUCAUGCCAAAUGCACUUUUAUUUCAUUUGAAUUGGAGCCUUUUUAUUUCCUGCAUUUAUAUUUGAAACAUAUGGGAUUCAUUAAGUUGUUGUUAUUGUUACUGUGCAAACAUGUUAAUGUUUGAUCUUUCUUCUUUGAAGACUAUAUUGAUUGUAUUUUUGUGUAAUCAUCAGUUAAUGACUCCAUCCACUGGUUAAAAUAUAAACACUACUGCAUGAGUCACAAUUGUCUGCAUCUCUGCUUGCUGAUGGUCUUUAAGCAGGUUUAAAUUCACCCAAUUGGUAAUUGAAAACCUAUUGUGGUAGUUUGUAUGGCUAAUGACAAUGUUCAAGGUGUUGCCAUACUAAUAGGUUAUAACAAAUUAGUACAAAUUGCUAUGGAAAAACACACAGUGAUGGUGAAGUACAGUAUCAUCAAAGCCUGUGCACCAGUAUCGUGUUAUGUAAUGAUCAGCUUUAUUGAUUAGUGUGACACAGUAUUUCCAGAGAAUUUUGUUCCUUAGGAAUAGGAAGAAAAAAAACAGUUGAAAUGAGCUAACAACAAGUGAGUAUUGAUUUACUCACUUAUUGGUAUUCCCUACAAAGCUAUGUUGUUAUUCUUAUGAAAUGGUUUAUUCUUUCAGAAAUAUCGCUAGAAUGGUAGCUUACCAGUACUAUGAUAUUGUAUGUCUAUAAUUUAAAGACUUUGCAAAAAUAAAUUUUCAAAGACCCUUGGCCUUUUUAUGUUAUCAGUAAGACUAAAAAUAUAAUUGGUAACUGGUUUCAUAUAUUUUUACCAAAGACAGUACAGUUUAAAAUGUUUUUAUGAAUCAUUACUGUUAAAGACAUUACAAGUCUCUGUGGCUCAGUGUUGAUGGUAGUCAGUAUUUCAUGGGAGAAUAUUUAGCAGCCAUGAAGUUUUCCAAAAAUAAACAGCAGUUAACACUAACAUUUUUAUGUGAUAAAAAUCAUUACCAAUUUAAGUAUUGUGCUCAAAUGCUGCAAGUCCUAAUUUUGAUUUAGUUUAAUUUUAAAAUUACAUCUCUAGAUUUUGAUUUAAGAGUGUAUAGCAGGAUUUAAAAUCCUUAGGUUGUUAUAUCAUUAGACCUUUUUGGAUCUUUUUACAAGUAGAAAGAGAAUGAAAAAGGAAACUGGAAGCCACAUUUUUUGCCAGAUACUAUGCCAUAUUAACAGAGCUUGGAUCUUAAGGUUCCUUUUUUCUUUUUUAGUACACCCUUUUUUUUUUUUUCUUCUGGCUUCAAAAUAUUUUGCAAAGUAUAAUCUCAAAGCCUGGAAUAAAAUCAAAUCAUAAAGGCAUACUGUAGUUCCACUGGUCUUUCCACUUUAUUGACUACUUAAUUCAUAAGCAUAUUCACACAUAUAUUUUGAUCUAAUGUUGGCUAAUUGAAAUAUAAGAAUGCUCUCUCUACUUUAGGAAUUGGCUGAAAUGAAUUUUGCUAUGAUGUGCAUGUAUUUGGAUGUACCUUACUUUAUAGCAAGGACCCUUUUUUCAGUUCUUUUUUUUAAUAGUCAGUUUACUUGCUUUUUUAGCACAUAUACUGUGCUAAUUUCACAUUACUUACAGCAAAAAAGGCUGAAGUAAUUAUUUUAUAAAAACGUUGGUAAAACUGUCCAAUCUAGGUGAAAUGGAAAGCAUAACACACCUGUGAAUUGUCUGAAAAGAUUUUUGUUUGUAUGUCGUGUCAUAUUUGUAUACCUAUACUUGUGUUAAUAAUCGGGAGCUAAAAUAUUUAUUGUAGUAUUUAUUUUUUAUUUGAAUGUACUUUGGAUGUUCUUAUAUAGGAUUAUUACAAGUAUAAACUAAAUAAAAACUGAAUGACUGAA